UCAUCAUCAGAGGAUUGUGCACGGCAACGGUUUUCGGCUACGGCAGCAACGACGCAAACGGAGACGGGCGACGACGACGUCGACAACGUUUACGGCGGGAUUUUCAAAUAUAAUUUGCUAGUAGUAGCGACUUGAACGUCGCGGCGUCAGCACGUUUUUUAGGAGGUUUCGUUUGUUGUCUUCCGCUCUCGCGGAGCAAUAAGGAAAACACAAAAGAAAUAUUAAAAGAAGUUUCCUCAAACACGGCAAGGAAAUUUCCGAGAAGAAGAGGCAAACAAAGCACAAGUCGAAGUGAACCAAAGAAAGUGCCGCUUCCUUUAUUUGUGGUUUAAUUCAGAGUUUAAUUUCCCUUUUUCGGAUUCAAACUAAAUAAACAUAAUCCUCCCUGACUACCUGUGGACCAUUAAACGACAUUUCACUUGCCCGGUCGGGAAGUUUAAAUCCGCUGUGACGCAGUAAAAUCAAAGUUAAUCUCGCGACUUGAGAUCCGCAAUGUACAGUUAAAAGGUUGGGUUUGAUGUGCAACGCAAAUCGAACGAGCGAUUCGGAGCACCUGUACCUGAGCCCGAGUGCUUUCAAUCAAGGCAGCCCCCGCGGCUGGGAGACUUCGAAUUAGUGCCACCAGCUGGAAAUGACACAAAUAGCACGUCUUGCGACCCCCAUGAGCGGACCAGCCCCGCAGACGUUCGCCUAAAGAUGAAUCGAGCAGUUGCGGAAAGUCGGCGUCACAAACAGGUGCAACAACCAAAUCCGUCUUCCCUCUAAGAUAUUUUCCUGCCGCCUACGUACGCUCGACACGCUUGAAGUGAGUGACGUGAUUUCUUUAUUAAAUCGGGUUUCAUCUGGAAAAAAUGAAUUGCACGUAACAAUACGAACCAAAGGGCAUACAGCGGGACUGCUAAAAGGUGAUUCCCCUUUUAUCGAAACAAAGCAAAAGUGCGUGCAAGGUGUAUUUUGUUAAGGAAAAAUGCAGCCCCCGAAUAUGGAUGUUCCAAUCUAAUUCAAUGAGAAACGCUAGUUUUAUGCAGUAGUGAUGUUCGGGAAUUUCAAGCAAAAAAUAUUUACUAGUUUUAAAACAAAAAGUGUUUAGUGUAGUUUUAUUCGUUGAAAUAAUUCCGGAGUGAAAAUUAGGAAGCAAACGAAUUUUGCUAGCCCAGAAAGAACAGGGAAAACAUUCGAAAGAAUACAAAGAAAAUCCAUUCCAAUGUUGUCUUGUUUGGUGCCACCCCGUUUCGGACAAGAGGACCAAAUAAUGCCAUCGUCAACAGCAUUCUCGUUGCAAUUUCCAUCUUUGGCAUCGAGUCUUCAUCACACUGACAAACAACAUUUCGAUAGUUCCGCGAAUUAUCAUCAAAAUUCCACCCCAUCACCUCCCAUUUCCACAACAUCACCAAUCGGUGGAACUGUCACACCAUCUGAUUUAUCAACCUCAAAUCAUCAUCAACAACAUUUAGGGAAUGGCCAUCAGCAUCAUCACUUCAGCCUGCAACAGCAUCAACACGACCAGCAUAGGCAACAUCAACAUGCAAUGGCGAUGGCAAUUGCAAAUAUGACAGGAGCCAAAUCACCACCAAAUUUAAAUGGAUACGAUGAGGGAGGACGAUCAACAUCGAGUCCAGGAUCAUCGACAACAUUGGGUGAUUUAUGUUCACCGCAUAAUGGUCCCUUAACUGGACCCGGAGGACCUUAUGCCUGCGCUCAAUGCUCAGCGGCAUUCCCAAAUCGGGAUAUGUUGGAGAAACAUGAAAUGAUGCAUUCCCCAAACACCACCGUUAGUUGCAAAGUAUGUCACAAAACGUUCGCCAAUGUAUAUCGCUUACAACGACACAUGAUUAGUCACGACGAAUCCGCCUUAUUGCGUAAAUUUAAAUGUACAGAAUGUGAUAAGGCGUUCAAAUUCAAGCAUCACCUAAAAGAGCAUGUACGAAUACAUUCGGGUGAAAAACCAUUCGCUUGUGAUAACUGUGGCAAGCGAUUCUCGCAUUCCGGUUCCUAUUCCAGUCAUAUGACAUCGAAAAAAUGCAUUAGUAUGGGUCUGAAGUUGAACAACAAUCGUUCCGUACUGAAAUUAAAACUAGAAAACUCAAACAAUGGUCCACUAGCAAUAGGACUAACCAGUCCAAAUUCAAAGAGGCCUACCAUGCCGCCCAAUCCAAUGUCGUAUUUCCCAGCAGGAUUGCCGAAUGUGGGACUGAGUAGUAAUUCGACGCCGAGUGCGAAUAACAAUGCAUUCUAUCCAAUGCUUCCAAAGUAUAAUAAUUACGAUGCAGCUGCUGUGAACGCCGCGCUUUUAGCAUCACUACAAAAUCCUUUCUAUGGAAUGGGUUUGGACCCAAGAAUACACCCUUACAGUAUACAUCGUCUCCUUGAACUAACAGCGGCGGGUGGAACACGGCUUCAAGCCAAUCCUGAAGACAUGAUUGAAGAAGUCACCGAAGAUGUAGUUGAUGACCAAAAACUCGUUAUGGACCUGGAAGACCAGGAAGAUAAAGAUGACAGUAAGACGGAAAAAUCUGACCGAAACUCACCUCCAGUGGAGCACAGUAAUGAAAGAACAUCACCAGAUAAAGAAAGCCAAAGUAACGAAGAUCAGCCAUUGGAAUCGCCAAAAGAAGAAGUUGAACAUGACCCCAUUCAACUCAAAAAAGAGCCUUUUGAAAAUGGAGACGAUGAUGAACAACACGAGGGAGAUAUUAGUCCACAAUCAAAUCGAGAAUCACCUGAGAUAAAAGUGGAAGAAUCCUCCGAAGAAAUCCUGCAAUGUGGUCGUUGUCACAAGCGAUUCAACCAUCAAACUGAGUUAGUUCAGCACGAGAAGGUUCUCUGUAGUAUGCAAGAUCAUAGAGAGCUUGAAAAAUAUGCAGAACCUCGUAAGCACGACACACAAACGUCCGAGCCGGAGUCAGCGAAUUCUACAUUUGUGCAAUCGGGCAGUGAGGAAGAUGUUGAAGACCGCGAAUCAAAAACCGGAAGUGAAGGCGAACGAAAAGUUCGCGUUCGCACCGCAAUAACUGAAGAACAGCAAACUGUUCUCAAAGAACAUUAUGCAAUCAAUUCCCGCCCAAGUCGUGAUGAAUUCCGAAUGAUUGCCAUUCGUUUGGGUCUCGACCCUCGCGUUGUGCAAGUUUGGUUUCAGAACAAUCGAUCUCGAGAACGAAAACUGAACAGUUAUAAAACUUUCACAUCGCCAACCGUUGGAAAUUCGAUCUCACCUGCCUACAGUCCGUCAUCCGUACCAAUAACGACAUCAAGCUCGCUUCCGAAUCUUACUCCUGCAACAAAUUGUGAAGAACAGCCAUUGGAUUUAUCCGUUAAAAAGGACGCAACCGACGCACCCUCGAAUUCACCGCGCUAUGGAGUUGUACCUCUACAGACAGAAGCUAUCACAUCUGAGGCAAUAAACUUAAGUUGCAAAUCAUCACGUAGUCCAAUUCCAUUUAAUUCACUUCGAUAUUAUGGCGGUUCAAUGUCUUCAUCUUUACGACCCGGCAGUGAUAUGUCCUCCCUCAUAAGACAAACACCAUCGCCUAGUGAAGCUAUUCCGCCUCGUCAUCCACCCCAUCCCAACCCAUACAUGCUGGCUGGUCCACGAGGAUUGGUUCCAAUGGAGUGUCUUUUACAAAUGACUCCAGAAUAUGCACGAAAUCAAUUGCUGGGUUUGAAACUUGGCGAACGAGGAACAAGCUUAAGUCCUGGUUCGGAGAAAAGAUCAUGGCGGGAUGACGAGUCGAGAAUCUCACAUGACGAUGAAUAUAAUUUUCAUGCGAGCAAACGAAUCAAACUAGAUACAAGUGCAAAUUCAGAUUUGGAUUGCCCGUUUGUCUGCGAUCAAUGUGAUAAGGCUUUUAGUAAGCAGAGUUCGUUAGCCCGGCAUAAAUAUGAGCAUUCAGGUCAGCGUCCAUAUAAAUGUGAAGAAUGUCCGAAAGCAUUUAAACACAAACAUCACUUAACCGAACAUAAACGUCUGCAUAGCGGGGAAAAACCAUUCCAAUGUACAAAAUGCCUAAAGCGUUUCUCACAUUCAGGAUCAUACAGUCAACACAUGAAUCACAGAUACUCAUACUGCAAACCAUACAGAGAGUAGGUAAGCGGAACGUCUGCCUUGCUACAACAAUACGGAUUUCGAAAAUUCAAUAAUUUCGGAUCAGCUAUGAUGUGGCAGGCAGAUCGGCUUUUUUAAAAAGGCAAUAAACCAUUAGCGGAACUUUGGGGAAAUAUACAGAGACAAAUACCACAUUCAUAAGAUACCAUCAGCGUCAAUUGCAAUAAAACGUACCAUAAUUUCUUCUGUAUGGAUUGAUUACAGGCACAAGGACACUAAACGCGGGAGUGUUUAGUUUCCAUGUGCCUUUAAUCCGUUACGAUAGGUCUAUAUGUAUAAAAGAAACCUAUAGUAAUCUCUCAACGUUCAAAAACAUAGUAAAUCAUGAAAAAGGAAUUCUACCAUAAGUUUUCUAAGUAAGUUUGGUCUACAUUACACUAAAUUGUAAAAUAUGUACUUAAAGACAAGAAUAAACCAAAAAUUAAACUGUAAUUUCGUUUCUCCACUCGAAAUGGUAGAUGUAAAAUAGAAAUUCGAAAUUCAAUAAAAUCUGGUCUCGAAAACGAACUUUUUUCAAUUUCAUUCCUUAAAAAAUUGACUCUCAAAUAUUGUUUUCUAUAAGAUAUUAUUAUAUAUAAAACGAGCCAAACAUUUGUUAUAAAUUGUUUUUAAGCGUAACCAUAGGCUUUCGUGGAAUAUUUUUUAAUAAUUAAAAUAAGUAUACUUUUCCUUAUUUCUAUACAUGCGCAUAUGUUACAUAACAAUGGCUUAAAAUUAGUUUUUAACUCUUAUAUAGAUUUUUAAUCGAAAAUUCUGUGGAUUCUCGAGUGGCCAUUUGAAUUUAGCCUAGUUUUAGCUUCUUUUAAUUUUAAGCGACCAACGAACAAGCGACAUCACAUAUAAAAUCUUUUUAUAUAGAAUAUAUUUUAAAGCUGCUUUAAGCAAUAGAAUCUCGAUUAAAAAAUGAGAGAAGUGAAAUAUCGGCGGAUUCAAUUACAUAUUAUCAAUUUCUCUCUUAUUUCAAUUUUAAUUUUUACGAAAUAUCGCAAUCUUCCAUAAAGAUUUAUUUAGGAGUCAGUUGAACUCAAACUGAAAUUUCGACGUGUUUUGAGUUUGGGGAGUACCAACUAAAUACUCAACGCAAAGUGAAUUUAUUUUAACGCAACAUAUAAACGCCAGUCGAUCAAUUUGGUUCGAUUCUUGCCUUGAAUUUUUUUUUUUUCUUUUUGUUUUCAGAUUUUAUUUUUUUAAUUUGCAAUAUUAAAAUAUGUACAGAUUUUUGUUAUUAAAACAGGCAAAGUUUAUUUACCUUUUUAGUUAUAUUUGUUUAAAUAUUAUAUGCAACGAAUCUCGCACUGAUAAGCAGAAUACAUACAUAUAUGAUCAAAUAAAUUAUGUCGUUAUGUAGAUUAUUUUUUAUCAUUAUAGUUUUUUAUAAAUGUAUACAAAAUUAUUAUUACUUAUGUAAUUAUAUUUUUAUGACCAAAAAUGUGCCGAAAGUAUGUUGUUAUCCAUAUAACAGACGGACAAUUUUUUUGUGUAAAACAUUAAAGUGCCAAAUAUAAUAUUAUUGAUUACAAUUAUUGAAAAUAAUAUUUUUUCUUUGCCAUUCAAUGUGCAAAUUGUUGCUCCUUUUAUUUAAAGUUGCUCCUAAAUACCGUGGAUAGAAUUCCCUUUCCCAGAUACCAAAAUAGCUUCCCAAUCUGCGUCGCUCUUAUAACAAGCUAAUUUUCUUCCGAAACUAGGUUGAAUAAUUUGCGUACUUCAAGCAACAGAAGGGUUCAUUUUCUCAAUAUAUUUUUUUAAAAUAGAACAUUCAAAAGAGCAGGUUCAACUCCAGACGUUUUUCUAAAUAUUUUGUAAGUUAGACGGACAAUAGUUCUCGCUGCACAUACCUAGUGAUCAGUUUCAACCCAAUCCACAAUAUUCAUUCAAAUAAUGAUUAACUUUUUCCACUCGUUCAAUGUAUUUUAUCACAGCAAAAGUAUGCCAGAAAAAUAUUCAAACAAUGAAAAGUAAGUAGAAAAAAUCAAUAAUUUUAUUUACACUUGAUCCACUCACUUUACAUGUUUUACACAUACCACAACUGCUACUUCCAAACAAACAAUAAUGUAAUCCAAAAUAUGCUAAAAAUUAUAUUCAAUUGAAUGCUAAUACAAAAUAUCAUUCAAAUACGAUUAAGUCAGGCUGGGUGUUGACGCAAUCUUAUUUAGUUUUCGUGUUGAGAGUUUUAUUGGCUUUCAUAUCAUAUAUUAUCCUAACAAAUUGCUAACAAUUAAAUAACUUCAUGGGGUUUUUAUUUAUCAUUAUUUUUAUUGGGUACCUUUUUAGAUAUUUUUAUUUUUAAAAUGGUUAAAGAAGCCAAAACCAAAUUGUACGAACAUCAGGUUGAAGCACUAACAUUAUUUUUUUGAGGUUAUCAGCCAAAAGACAAUGAUAGACCAGACGUUAUUGAACAACCAAUACAGAAGAAAUAAAAUCACUAAACAUUUGAAUUUACAAAAUGUUAUUAUUCGUUUUAAGAUAUGAAUGAAAACGACCAGCAAGAAAUUAAAAUAAAAACAAAAUAUAUGAAACUAAUAAGAAAUCGUGACCGAAGAACCUUCAAUUUAAUUUUGGCUAGAUUUUAUCCUCUAAAAUCAAUGGGUAUCACUACUAAUGAUGAUCUAAACGGGAAGGGUAAAAACAGCAUUAACAAAAAUUUACUAACUUCUAAAUAAUAGCGAAAGAAAAUCUAACUCCUCUGUAAAUACUAAAUUCAAAAAAGUUUGCCAACGAAUGAAAGAAUACAAAAAGCAUGAUUGUAAUAUAGAUAUCAUUCGGAUAAUACCAAUAAAGGUUUUUCAUGGGUUGCGUAAAAAAUAAACUAACCAUUUAUGGAUACCAUAAAAAAAUCACUUUAAAAAAAAAAACAACUCCAAACUAAAUUAGCUGUAAUUUACAUUGAAAAUUUACUUAGAUUCUAACCACAAAAAAAAACCUGAAAAAAAUCCCAGCAGUUUAAGUCAAACGCAAAUAAUUUUUAGAGAUAAAAUCGUUUCUAUGAUAACAUAUGAUGUAAUUACUAUGAAAAAAAUGGUGCUGAUUGGCUAGUCUGUAGUCAUUGUGUGAGUGAAUUGGGUUUAUAAUUUUCCUACUACCCACAACACUCCCACUACUAUCAAUCCAAUCCAAAACAGGUUACGAGUUGAUUGUAACAGGUAUAGGCGGUGUUUCAAUGAUAAGAUCACGUGUAGGUAGGUUGUUCGUUACUGAUGACAACGCGAUUCAUUGUGGAGGGAUACUUUCUAAAAAAUGUGAACAUGGCGUACAGAUACAAAAUGGUUUAUAUCUCCCGAUUGCUCUGGACUUUUCUGCUUAGAAAAUCUAACGAAAAGGAAUUUAGACAUAUGAAGCUUUAUUUGGAUUGGAAUUCACAUUUGCUUUGCAUUUCGGAAGUUAUUUAAUCAUUCUUAAUUUAUUUAAUCUUCUUAAUCAUUAUUCUUUAUCUUAUUGUCAGUUCAGUAAAUUUAACCAUCAAAUUUCUUUAUAUGUACAUUCAUCUCAUUUUAUCGUUUACUUACACAUAAAUGUGAAUUUCUAAAAAGGUUUUUAUUUAUCCAAACAUAAGCAUUUCAUUCGCUUCAUGCAGAAUCUAAGAGGUUCAUUUUCUUGGUAUUGAGUUUUCUUUCAUGAUUAAAAUUCGUUAUUCUUAACUAGAUUUCAGCUCCUAACAUGAUAAGCCCAUGCACUCUGCACAAUAGCCUUUAGCCAAUUAAGUACUACUACAGUGUCCUUUUGAUAAGUUUAAUGAUUAGAUUUUUAAUAAGAGAAAAACCUAACCAACAAUUAAGCAAAUGAGUGAACAAUUUUUCCUGCUAAUUUAGGGUUGAAAUUUAAAAAAUAUAUUUGAUGUUAUUCACUAUUGUUAUCGACAUUCGAGGUAUAAUAUUGAACAUUACUAUUAUUGAGACUAAAAAUGCUGAGUUGAUGUCAUAGGGAAGCAAAUGUUCAACAGCCAUUAAAUACUAUUAUGUAAAAUAUUCACUUUCAGACAAAUUCACAUACGCUGAAACAGAAACUACAGUAAGAUUCGAAAAUUGAUUUCAAAGCUUAGGACAAUUAUACAUUAAAUGAGGAACAUUGAAUUUUUACGUGAAAUAAAUGCAUAAGUUCUAAUAAGGGUAGAAACCAAUUAAAAAAUAAUAAAAACUAAAAAAAGCAUAAAUAUACGAAGUCUCUUAUGACUAACAACCAAUAAACAGCUUAAAAUAUAUGUAAAUUGAAAUGUAUAGAAAAAAAUAACGAAAACUAUUAAAUUAAAAAUGGAGACCUAAUAAUAGACGUUUAAAUCCUCUUUGGAGACUAGAAUCAAAAUGACAAUAAAAAUUCGACUAAUUUAAUUUUGAGCGGAGUUAAAAUAUAAAAUUUACAUUAAAAUAAAUCUAAAGAACGCAUUGACACUUUCGACCGAAGAUCGUUUCAAAACUAAAGUACAAUUUUUAUAUUAAACUUGAAUAUGAUCAAAUUUAGUUAGAAUGUAUUCAAAUCUAUUGACUCUUAUUAUAUAUUCAAUUGUUUGUCUGAUCUCCAUUAAAAUACUAAACUUAUAAAAAUAAAAUAAAACCAAUGCAACGAAUUUGCCUCUGACCAAUUUCAUUUAGAACUAAUAAAUUAAAUUGACACAUUCCCUUCAAUUUCGCUUCCUGACGCACUACAACCACCACCACCUGAACCAAAGAACAAAAAACUAAAAGGUUUCUCAAACAACGAAUACUAUCAUCUAUCCCUUUUUCACAUCUAUAUACUCAACUUACUUUUAUCUAUUUGUCCGCCAUCCAUUCUAUAAAUGUGCAUCAAUUUUGUUUUCCAAAAAAAUAUAUAUAUUUUAAGUUUAUUUAAUUUAAAAACAAAAAUAAAGAUAUUCCUUAAAAUAAGAUUUUGUAAAUUGAACAUUACGACAAAUUUAUAAUAAUCUAUGAAAUGUUUAUGUAAAUUUAAAUAUAGACGAAAGGCUAGAAAUUCCAAAGACAGUUGUACCAUAUACUAAAUUUUACAAUUACGAACCUAUUCUAACUAUAAAUAAAAUAGAAAGGUGUUACCUAAAGCUAAACAACAAGCUAAUAAGUUGAGUUUAUUUCUAAUAAUAAUAUAAUAGUUAAUUGAAAAUUAAAUAGGAUGAUAAACGUGAAAAGUAUAAUAAGGCCUUAUACAUUAAUAAAGAAAAGUAAGAAACAAAAAUCGUUCAAAAUAUAGUUUUCCUUUUCACUAAGUUCAAAAAGUCAAAUAAAAGAAGCAAAAACGAAUUCAAUUCUUUAAGUGAUCGUACGUAUGAUUACCGAUUUUUUAUGUAAAUAUUAUAGAACGAAAACAUUCAAGAACGCACAGGUUUUCACUGCAAAUUCAAUAACGCAAUAAUAGUGCGAGCAAAAACUUCUUUUAGUUAUCAAAUUGUUUUGAUAACCACGAAAUUAUAUUUUAAAAUGCUGCCGUGAUGAAACAUGUUUAUAACAUGUUGAAAUAAAUUAAUACUUUGAUUUACACAUGGCAACAGGAAGUUGUUAUCUACGUUUUCUUCUUUUCCAAUUGUAUUACUUGUGUUGUAUUAUAUUAGUUCAACACACAUACACAAAUACAAUGCGUUCCCGAUAUUUUCCAGUCCACACAAAUCGUGUAAAACUGAACGAGUAUAUGCAAAGGAAGAAUUGUAGCACACAAAUAUACAUUUUCGGUGCGAAUAAACAAAUGUGUUUGACAAUUUUUUUCUACAUACAUAAAUCUAUUUUAUAGGUAUUGAAAGAACGAUAAAAAUAUGUGAAUAUAAAAAUUAAAUAUAUAUAUAUAUAUAAAAAAUAUUAAAUGUAAUAUUCAGAAGAGAGUGAAGGAACAAGGAAAAAAUACAAUAAAUUAAUAAGUCCAAGAAAUGUUAUAUAUACAUGUAUUUUAUUCGAAAAACAAUGUCUUAAUAAAUUUACAAAAAUUAUAAAUAAAUAAUGAGAACGAAAAAUUGAA